AGAAAAGCCAAAUAAAUUGUCAGCAACUCAAAAUUAUCCUAACCUAAGGAUGUUGCUCGCAGUCUGGAGAAGAACCUCCUCGUCCUGAUUGACAGUGGUUCCGAGUUUCCUUUGUUCGGCUAUGAAUAUUGGUUCAAACAUUGGCCUUGAUGUGCCAGAGGAAGACAUUUGCCUUGAGACAAUGUUACCAUCUGGAUGAUGAAACUAUUUUUAUUCCUAGUUCAACAUGCUCGUUAUUGUUCCAUUUAUAACUGUAUUGCUAUGGAAGUAGUGUAGCUGGAUUUUAAAACCGAAAGAUCUGAGUAAUAUAGUAAUUUGCUAUUUGUAGUUCUUUAUAUGACAUUGUCCAUUAAACUUUUUUCAUAUCUUCUUGUAUCUUCAGCAACGUCAAGUUUUUGAUAAGAAAUUACAGUUUAUCAAUUUUGUUGAAUGUGAAGCGAGUGUGAAGCUGCUAACAAUGGAUCAGCUAGCAUUCCCAUUUCGGCAAUUGCUGCAUUGCUGAUGAUAGAGUUUAGAGUUUAGACAUGCGCUUCCCCAGUUUAGACCACGUUAAAGCUGACAUUGGCAACUUUUUCACAGCAAAGAAAAUUACUUGAAAACUUUUGCUUUUUUGCCUGGAAUGAAGAUAAUUGAAUAAAGCCAUUAUUUCACACUACGGCCAAGGGAGUAACCCGUUGUUUUACACAAUCGAGGCUAUAGGAAUCUAGGCCUCCUUCUCGAUCUAAUGCAAGCCUUCAAAGAUUUUCAAAAUGGCCUCCAAGACGGUCCAGAAGUUUCCAAAGAAUAAAUGGGCUAUUGACUUUACAACCAGGCCAAAGUGUAUGACAGAGAAGUCAAAAUCAGAGAUUCCUGGUCCCGUAGGAUAUGCAGAUUACCAUUCAUAUCCCACUGUUGAAACCCAUGAUGCAGAUUUAUCAAAACUUGUUGCAAAAAAAUCUUGGAACAUUGCUUUGGCCCCAAUGAAGCAACUACCUAUGAACCUGUUCAUAAUGUAUAUGGCUGGCAAUUCAAUCUCAAUUUUUCCAAUAAUGAUAGUUGGAAUGAUGAUUUUUAAACCAAUAAAAGCUAUGCUAACCUUGAAAUCAACAUUUAAAAUGUUAGAUGGUGAGCAAGGUAUUUUGCUGAAAUUCACUUAUCUGCUUGGCAAUAUACUUUGUCUUCUGCUCGCUGUCUACAAAUGCCAUUCCAUGGGAAUUCUGCCUACAGCACCUUCUGAUUGGCUUGCGUUUAAAGAGCAUCGUCAGCGCGUGGAUUAUAUCGUUGGAGGGAUACAGCUGUAAAAAUGGUUAUGUUUUAUUUUUUGUUAACUGCAUUUCUUUGGGAGAUAAAGAAAUGUCUUCGUUGUGACGUUUGCAAGAGAUGGCAGUGCAAAAGAGGUAUUUGAACCUGAUGAGACGAGGGAAGCAAGACACGUGAUUAGAUACCUUAAUUAUGCAACUUAAUUAUGCAAAUUAUGAAAUUAUGAUAUCUUAAUAAUUCCGAAUGCUUUUUCUAACUGGAGUGUAACUAUUCUUUCACACAAUUUUCAGAUUUAAUUUUCCUUGUUUUGCAGUAGCAGCUCUCUGUAUUGUACUUUCGGGACAUUAGAAGGAGUCAUAGGCAACGUUUUGUUUAAAAAAUAAACGUAUAAUAAAUGUUUAUAAGUUGAGGGAGGGUUAGUUAAACUAAAUCUGACCCAUCAAGAUUUUAUUGCAAACACUUAUGGGUCUUCAAUUUGCCUUUGCCCCCUACUCCCCAACUUGCAUCGGGGCCCGUUUUCCUAAGUGGUGUUUUGUGUCACAGGAUCAGUUUUAGGCUGAUUGUCCUUUUUUGUUGACGAUAUUCUCGAAAUAGUUUAUAAGUAUUGUGUAACUGCGUCAUACUAUUAACAUUUCAACUUACUGGAAUAUACCAUUUUAUAAAUCGUUCUCUCAGGUGGGAUUACUUAUCAAGAAAAUAUUACUACCUAGCAGGGUAAGAAUACGCCAAGAGAUGUUUUUGCAUCAACACGAUGAUGUUUCAUAAAUAGAGUAGUACCUAAUUGUCCCUGUAGAAUGAGAAGAUCUGAUUUGUAUUUAUUAUUAAACCAAGAAGCAGAGUCAUGUUUAAAAAAUGUUUCAAGAGUA